CCUACGCUGCGCCUGGCCCAGCCUGGGUUGUUUGGGCUGGCCGGCAUUCCCCAAUCCAAGCUGCUGUGGCCGAAUAAAAAAGUCUCCACGCCUUCAUCACAGCCUUCCGCAUCGCUGUGAGGAGGGAGGAGCUGGUGCUAGGAAGAGAAGAAAAGAAAAGAGGAGAGGAAAAAAACCGAGGCGCAGAAAGAACGAGAAGCUUGAAAACCUUGACCUGAGAGGGAAGGAAACAGCAGCAGACUUUGAGAACGGAACCCUGCCCAUACGGGAAAUCAGAGCGCCUGUGCAGCUUUCCGGCUUGAUUUUGCUCCUAAGAUGAGCCUCCAGAUGCAUCAUCAAACCUGGUGGCUUGGUGGCACCAUGUGGUGGGUCUCACCUUGCUCUGGAGCAGGGCCAGCUGCCCGGCUGUGACCCUGGUGGGACUUUGGUUCUUCUGGCAGGGACAUGAAUGUCCUCGUGGGGAUACGGCUCUCCUGGUGAGGACACUGACCUCCUGGCAGGGACGCUGCACUCCUGGUGGGGACAUUGCUCUGUUGGUGAGGACGGUAUUUGGCUGGUGAGGACAUUGAUCUUCUGGUGGGGACACUGAUCUUCUGGUGGGGACACUGCUCUGCUGGGCCGGGGGCCGGGAUUCUCCCCAUGGGGCAGUACGUCAGCAAGAAGCACACCCCGAGCAGGGGCAUCCCCCCGGGCACCGCCGGGGAUCUGCUGCUCCACGCCCUGGAAGACCUCACCCAGAUAGAUUUUAAAAAAUUUCGGGAUGUGCUGGCGCACGGAGACCUGCAGGGCAGGCGCUGCAUUCCCAGGGGGCGGCUGGAGAAGGCUGACUGGAUGGACACGAAGAACCUCAUGCUGGAUUUCUACGGCGGGGAGGCUGCCCUGGAUGUGGCGAUAGCUGUCUUCGAGCGCAUCCACCUCCGCAACGCUGCCGACCUGCUCCGGGAAAGCAGGGAGAGAGCCCUGGGGCCCGCUGCUCUGCUGGGUUCAUCGUCACCAGAUUUCCAGAGGAAUUACAAAAGAGCCAUACGCCAGGCGUACAGCCGCAUAAAGGACCAAAACGCCCGGGUGGGCGAUAACGUGAGCCUGAACGCCAGGUACUCGAGGCUGGUGAUCGUCAACAAGCACCGCGACGAGGAGGAACGGGAGCAUGAGAUCGUGGCUAUGGGGCGGAGGCACGCGGAGAUCAUUAAGGAGCAGGCCAGCGCCUCCAUCGUGGUGGGCGACCUCUUCAAGCCCGGCCCCGAUGGCUGGACCCCCAAGGAGGUGGUGCUGCUGGGGGCCGCGGGCGUGGGCAAGACGAUGACAGCCAGGAAGAUCAUGCUGGACUGGGCGUCCGACAAGGUGUUUGCGGAGUUUGACUACGUCUUCUACAUCCACUGCCGGGAAGGCAACCUCCUCACCAGCCAGGCCAGCAUGGCCGACCUCAUCACCCAGUGCUACCCCGGCAGCUCUCCGCCGCUCGCUGAGAUGCUGGGGCAGAUGGAGAGGCUCCUGUUCAUCAUCGAUGGCUUUGACGAGCUCCGCUUUUCCGUCGACCGGCCCCUGUCCGAGCUGUGCUCCCAGCCCUUCGAGCAGAGGCCGGUGGAGAUCAUCCUGAGCAGCCUCUUCCGCCGGAGGCUCCUGCCCAAGAGCUCCCUGCUGGUCACCACCAGGCCGGCCGCCUUGCGGAAGCUGGGCAAGUGCCUGGAGUGUGAGCGCUACGCCGAAAUCCUGGGCUUUGACGAGGCGGAGAGGGAGGAGUAUUUCCACAAGUUCUUCGAAAACGCGGAGCAGGCGGCUGCCGCCUUCCAGUUCGUCAGAGGCAACGAGAUGCUCUUCACCAUGUGCCUGGUGCCCAUUGUGUGCUGGAUCGUCUGCACCGUCAUGAAGCAGCAACUCGGCUGCGCCGGGGGUCUCACCCAAAGCCCGAAGACAACGACGGGGAUCUACAUCCUCUACCUCUUGGCCCUGCUGCGGUCGCUGAGUGGGCCGGUGAAGCGAGGCAUGCCCGCGGUGCUCAGGAGGCUCUGCUGCCUGGCGGCCGACGGCGUCUGGAGGCAGAAGGUCCUCUUUGAGGAGAAGGAGGUGCAGGGGUACGCCCUGGACCAGCGGGAAGCCCUCCCGCUCCUGCUCAACGAGCACCUCUUCCAGAAGGACAUCUCCUGCGUCAGCACCUACAGCUUCAUCCACCUCAGCUUCCAGGAGUUUUUCGCGGCGCUCUUCUACCUGCUGGAAGAUGAGGGGGAGGCACGGGACCCCCCCGCCGGUCCCACCAGGGAGGUGAAGGCGCUGCUGGAGAGCUACGGCAACUCCAGGAACUACUUCAUGAUGACCGUGCGGUUCCUCUUUGGGCUCCUCAACAAGGACCGCAGGAGGGAGCUGGAGGAGGAGAUGGACUGUAAAAUCUCCCCCAGGAUUACGCAGGAAUUACUGGUGUGGCUUCAAAAGAGCCAGCAAACGGCCCUGGCUCUUCUGGAGGAGGAGACGGCGGUGAUUCGUGAGAUGGAGGUCUGCCACUGCCUGUACGAGCUCCAGGACGAGCAUUUUGUAGUGACUGCCUUGGAUCCCUUCAUGGGGGUGUACCUGCGAGGGAUCAACCUCAACCGCUUCGACCAAAUCGUCCUGGCCUUCAGCAUAAAACACUUCCCCAAGCUGGAGUCGCUGGACCUGGGCCACUGCUCCUUCCUGCGGGACCACCCCGAGCACCCUGCGGGCCCGCAGCCGGCCCAGCCGGCACGUCGGUGCGUACGGGCAAUACAGCAAGAGGAGGGAAAGCAGUCGCCCAUCCACCUGCUUUGUCAAGCCUUGGAAAAAUCAGGCUGCAAAUUAAAGACAUUAAGGUUUGAUCGGUGCCAGCUCACAGGCGCCUGCUGCGGGGCUCUGGCCUCCGUCCUCAGCGUGAAACCCACCCUGGCGGAGCUGGACCUGGCUGGGAACGAGGACCUGCGGGACGGUGGCGUGAAGCUGCUGUGCGAGGGGCUGGCGUGCGGCGGCUGCCGGCUGCAGAUACUGCGGUUGGGCUGCUGCAACCUGACGGCCGCGGGCUGCGGGGCCCUGGCCGCCGCGCUGGGUUCCCUGCCCACCCUGGCGCAGCUGGACCUGAGCGACAACCCCCUGGGGGACGGCGGCGUGCGGGAGCUGUGCACGGCGCUGGCGGGGCCCGGCUGCAGCCUGCAGAAGCUCUGGCUGUGGCGGUGCCGGCUGACGGCGGCGAGCUGCGGGGCUCUCGCCGCGGUGCUCCCGGCCAGCCCCAGCCUGACCGAGCUGCACCUGGGGGACAACGAGCUGGGGGACGGCGGCGUGCGGCGGCUGAGCAAGGGGCUGCGGGAUCCCGCCUGCCGGCUGCAGACCCUCAGGCUGUGGCGGUGCCGGCUGACGGCGGCGAGCUGCGGGGCUCUCGCCGCGGUGCUCCCGGCCAGGCCCUGCCUGACCGAGCUGCACCUGGGGGACAACAAGCUGGGGGACGGCGGCGUGCGGCGGCUGAGCGAGGGGCUGCGGGAUCCCGCCUGCCGGCUGCAGACCCUCAGCCUGUGGCAGAGCCGGCUCACGGGCGCCUGCUGCGCCGACCUCUGCGCCAUGCUCAGCCCCAGCCGGAGCUUGGAGUUCCUGGACCUGAGCGACAACGACCUGGGCGACGCCAGCGUGCAGCAGCUCUGCAAGGCGCUGGGGCAUCCCACCUGCUGCCUGCAGAAGUUGUGGCUGAAGAAAUCCGGGUUAAGCACAGAGACGCUGCAGAAGCUGGAUGCCCUGAAAUGCGGAAAACCCACCCUGAAUAUAGGCUACAUGUGAGGAGCAGGGCUGGCUGCGGCGAGGGCUCCUCACCCGCUGGCACAGUGUCACCCACGCAACCCCCUGAAACGUCACCAGCAACCAGCGGGGAAAGGCCUGGCGCGUAUCCCCAUGAAUAAUGAGGACUCUACCCUUGAAUUUAUCAAGCGCGAGCUAACGAAAAGAACUCCUCGCCGCGGGAGGCGAGUGCUGUGUCGUCUUCGAGGAAGCACGUCAACCACGAGGACCUUGAGGAUGGCACAAAUCUACACGUUUGGAGAAGCUCAGCCGGCUCGGCAGGAAAGUGAAAACUGUUCGUGUGCGAAGCUGAACGGCCCUCACGGUACCACUGACAGUCACGCCCGCAGGCCGAGCAGCCCCUCGCCCCGGUGCAGCCCCUUCCCUCGGGCACGCGUGGCACCUCUAACCUGACGGUGUAACCGAAUGGAACCGACCAGCCAACCAAACACAGGCAGGAGCUACUAAUACUACAACGGUGUUGUAAAACACGCGGGAACAUCACGCAGAGCGUUCUGAUGGGCGUGCGUGACAGGAGGAGAGACCCCCCCCAGCACCGCAAAUAAACUAACGUCGGCUUUGCCAAACUACAAACCUGGUUCAGAGAGUGGCAGCUUCGUUACAGAUUUUGGUAGCCGAAUUUGGCGACCCAGGUGGGACAAGCUCUCCGAAGCCUCUCCGGACCAGCGGAAUCGUGGGGCAUCCAGCCGCAGCGGGGUGUUUUCAGGGACACCUCCCGAUUCCCUGGUCGGGUGAGCCCUCCGGUCGGCCCUCCUGCUAUUUGGGUUUGGCACUGGGCAUUUGGAUUUGGUAUUUGGCUUUGGUAACUGCCUGCAACGAAGUCGUACCUUGGCACGGCACGCGCUGUCGGGGUGCGUGAUUGCUGCGCACCGGAAUCUGGGCGUUUGUACGCUGCAACGGGGACGCCCGGAGUCCAAGUCCGUUUUGGUCGUCGUUUUGGUUAUUUGGUAUCACGGGAAAGCGACAAUCUACCCAAGGGGGGAUCCCCAGGUGGUCACCCCCAGCGUGCACUCCUAGCCAUUGGAGUAAGUUCGGUGGUGACCCAGCCUACACUUUAGAAGACUGGGAGAAACGGCCAACGAAGGGAAGUUUGAAGUAUAACGCUGUCACCGUAUUCCUCCGUGCAACUACGACUACUGUGUCCUCGUGAAAUCAGUUGCGGAGAUUGGCACAGCUUCUUAGGAUGAAAGUAUUCACCCAGCGGAGCAGGAAACAAGAGGCCAGCUGAUGCAGCAUUCCAGCGACUCUCUCGGAAACCCAGAUUCUUAAGCCGCGCAGGGAUCGCUCGAGGGUGGUUGUAGCGGUUUUAAAAAAAAUCUUGUGUUAAUAUGCUAAUGUGAAAUGUGAAAGCCUUUUGAAUGACGAUAGCAGAAGCACAGAAAAUUGUUACCAAAGCUGUUACGUUUUUUUACUUCAAGCUAGGAUUGGUGAUAUUUUCCCUGGGUAUACGUAAAGCAGCAUCAGCUUAUUUUUCUUUAAAUGGGCAGUAAGGAAGUGUUUUUAUUUGCUUUCUUUACGGUAAAGCUAAGGAAUUCCUGGUUUCCUUGACCUCAGUGAUAACUCACCUGCCUGUACAUUAAAACAAACCCAACAUUA